CCCAUAUCCCGACCCAGGGUAUUGCCACACUACCAAUAAAAUCUUCUAACGUUUAAAUGCUACCACAAACAUCACCACUCGCCAUUUUGGAUCAGAUUUAUAUAGACCUCGGCAGACGACACUAAAGAGCUAGGAUGCCUAGUACAUACAAGAUCUAUUAUUUUAAUGCAAAGGGGAGAGCUGAGGUCAGCCGUUUGAUUUUUGCCGCCUCAGGGAUAAAAUAUGAGGAUGUUCGCAUAGAAGGUCCUGAUUGGCCAAAAACAAAACCAACAAUGCCUCAAGAGGCGAUGCCCGUGCUAGAGGUCGACGUUAAAAAGAUUCCUCAGAGUAGAGCCAUAGAACGCUUCCUGGCCCGGGAGUUUGGACUUUAUGGUAAAACGAAUAUGGAAAGUUGCUGUGUGGACGUGAUAUAUGAAACAGUCAAUGAUUUCUUUGAAAGUCUCCGACCUGUAAUGUUUGAAAAAGAUGAAGCUAAAAAGGCAGAGUUAAUGAAGAAAUUCCAUGAACAUGUCCCCGUCUACAUGAAAAGAAUAGAAGACCGCUUGUCGCAGAACGGAGGGGGGAACGGGUUUUUAGUCGGGCCAUCGCUGACUUUGGCUGAUCUGACAUUUCUGAGGUCCUUGGAUGCUUUUGAUAAAUUUGGGCUGAAAUUAACAGACAAACUGGAAGCCUUGCGAAAAAGGAUUGAAAGUCUACCAAGAAUUCAGGAAUAUUUAAAAUCAAGACCAGUAACAGAAUUUUAGACUCUGCAAGAAGUUACGUGCAUCAUGAUUAGAAAAAAAAAUAUUUAUAGCCAUAAAAACUUUUUAUUAAAAAGAAAGUAUUGACAUCCACAAAUAUUUUCAUUUUUAACCUUCAGUUGCAUUGAAUCCAGGCUAGGAAGACUUUGUGUUUACAUUUUUUUUUUAAUCUUUUCGUUUACUAUUUAUUAUUUACACCUGACAACACUGAAAAAUUUGAAUAAAA